GGUGCAGCUCUCUCCAGUCCCUGAUGCAGGAUCAGAGGUGAAGGGAGAAGGUGCUGCCAGGCCUUCUUCCACCAUUGAAAAAAAGGAGGCAGAGGGAGAAUUGCUGAUGGAUAAUGCAAGGGCUCUGAUCAACCCCUCAGACACCACACCUGAAUGCUCUGCAGGUGGGGCUCCUCCCCCUGCUGAAACACAGGAGGGGGAAGAGGGAUCCUCGCUGCCGGAGGAUGUGACAGCUCCAAGUGACAGCUCACAGCCCACGGCUCAGUGCGGGGCUGGUGACUCUGCUGGGACAUCACAGAGGAAGAAAAAGAAGAGGAAUAAAGUAAAGAAAUGUCCUUCUAGCUCCGGGGAACAGGACUCUCUGCCACCUCUAAGCACAGCCCCAGCUCAAACCACAGAAUUGCCUGAUACAUGUGUUUUUCCACAAGAAAUCCAAGCCCCCGGCAGUGAGGCAGCAAAACCCGGUGCUGAUGUACUUGCUGAUGCCAGUGGAGGCACAGCUGAAGGCGAUGGGGCGUUGGCUCACCCGGGGAAGGAACCUGCCAGCCUGGAAGCAGAUGGGCUGACCCCACCAAAGCAGAGCGGCACCGCCAGCCAGGCUGCCCCAGCUCCCAGCUCUGCAGCCCCAAGGGACAGUCUGGGGGAUGGAAGAACCACAGAGCACGGAGAAACCAUCAGGGCUAACGUGGAACAGGGCAGUCGUGCCCCUGGCCAGCUUCCAGAAACCAGAGCAGGUUCCCAGUCCCAGGGCAGCAGUAAGAACGUGGCCUCAGCAGGGCAGGGAGCAAGUGCUGCCCCUGGGCUGCCUCCUGCCCAGGAGCCCAAGAGGAAACCGGACACUAAGACCUCACCUGUGGCCCAGAGCCCACAGGCUGGGAAGAACAAACAGGACCCCAGGCAGAAGGGGAACACUGGCAAGGUGGGAGAGAACUCUCCGAAUGAAAACACAAAGCAGAAAAGUAAGAGCACAAGUAAGGAAAUGCCUCAAGUGAGUGAGAAGAGCAGUCCCACCAAGGGAGCUGAGGCUGCCAGAAAGGAUGGUGCUGGUGCUGCAGCUGCAGCAGACACUUGCAAGAACAAAAAGGAGCAAAGCAACCAGAAACGUGUGGAAAAGAUUAAGGAAAGCCCCGUGAGCCGUGAGGGGGGUGUUACAGUGUAUUUCCAUGCAAUAUUAUCCAAAGACUUCGGACUGAACCCCGAGGCCCAUAAAGUGUUCAUCAGAGCUGAGGGUGUUUCUCCCUAUGCAAAGUGGAAGGAAAACAUCUGUGAGAUGACCUGCACCAGGAAUCUGGGAGAGCAUGGAUACCUCAUUGAAGGCACUGUAACCCUCACGAAAGAGAUCCUGGAUAAAUGCAUUCCUUACAAGUACUGGGUGACCUGUGACAAUGGGCAGUACGAGUUCAUUUACAAGCCUCCAGUAGAUAAAUUUGUGAAUCGCUGCUUAUUGAUAAAAAGCACCUGGCUCAACAAUGGAGAGUGGCACCAGUAUGAUGACAUCGUGUGUGCAAGGCCUUCUAUGUUUAAAAAAAUUUGGGGUACCUAUAUUGUCGAUAAAAACAAAGAAGUGGUGGAAGGGAAGAAAAUAGCUGCCAAUGUUAUGUUAGAAAAUAUCUUCAGCAUUCUUGACACCUGGAGUCCUGAAAACAUGAGGAACUUCCUCUUCCAGCUGAGACAGUUUUAUGAUGUUACAGUGGCCCAGCUGGUGCACGAUGGCCGGGCAAUGCGAUGGGAAGCACUAAACUUUGGCAAGGAGCAGGUGAAUGAUGUGCUGAUAAAUUAUAUGAAGAAAAUACCUGUUCCUUCCAUUGCUCCAGAAGCAUCACAGGGGGUCAUCAAAAGCAAACUGGCUCUGGGGCUCACCAUCCUCAUGGUAGUUGAGGAUUUUUUACUUCCAGCAUCUAAAGAUGACCUGGCUAGCCUGUGUAGCCUCUUGUGCUUGGACAAGGUGUCACAACAAACUGUACAGGAUGAGAUUGAUCACAUCAAAAAGGCUUUUGAAGGAGUUGUCUGCUUGAAGGUUUUACUGGCAAAUUUCUGCCACAGAUGCAUUGAAGGUGGAGUAGACCAGUGGGUGUGGAUCCUUCCCCUUCUGCAUUCCUUUGCUGCUCCUGUGCAGCAGGAGCACUUUCCAGUGGAGGAAGAUGUCUGGGCAGGGCUGGAAGGGUUUUCAUUUGCUGAAACAAGGAAGAAGCGAGAUCCAGCGACUCUGCUGCAACUAAUGGAGGAAAAGAAGUACCUGCUGGACUUUGAUCCCACGCUGGUGAGGUCCUGGCUCUGUGUGCUGCCCCUGAGGAGCCUGGCUGAGUUCAUAAGAGAUUUCCCCAGGGAUUUGUUGGUUACUCUGCAAGGUGUUUUCUACAGAUUAGAGGACGUUAACCUUCCGUGGAGUAACACUGAGUUAGAGAAUCUUCUAAAGACAGUGCUGUGUGCCUUGGAUGAGCCACCAGCCAGAGCUCUGGAAGGUCGCUCUUGGCAGUCCUGCCUGACCUGCUGCAUCAAGCUGCACACGAGGCUCUGCAAGUCCACGAGGGAUGGGAGGUGGUUCUCGAUUCCUGCCACUGCUGCCAUGCUGAUUGCCAAGGUUGCCAAACUUCAGCCCACAGCAGUUCCAAGAGAGGCUGUGCAGGAAAGUCCAGUGGGAGAAAUGUUCCGAGGGGCUCUGAGAGACACUCGAACCUGGUUCAGGAACACUCUGAGGGAGAGGCUACUGAAAGAGUCCCUGGAGCAUGUGAUGUUCUCUGUCCAUUGGGAACUUCGGGCCUGGAAUGGGUUUAUGAAGAUCAGCUUUCCAGAUGAGGAGUUCACCAAGACAUGGAAGAACACUUUACUUGAAGAUCUGAGGAAAAGAAUCCAGGAGGAGCCUCCAGUGAACCAAAUCUUGGUGUUCUGCUGUCAGAAACAUCAGUUCACACAGCUGGACUCUUCCAUCGAGCGCUGCUUCCAGGACUGUGCCACAGAGGCUGUAACUGCAGCCUGCCAGACAGAGAGCAACCUCCUGGAGAAGAUCUCUGCCUACAGCCUGGACCGGUUCAGCCAGCUCGUGUCAACCAUCAUCGUGGAGUCCUGGCCCCUCAGGAGGGAGCAGUCCGAGGGCAAUUUUGAUAUGAUUCUGCACCACCUGCUUACGUGGCCUGACACCAAACAGAUCUUCAGCUUUAGUGGAAGAAACAGAAACCUCAUAGAAAAACUCACAGAUAAAGCCAAGGACAUCAUGCACACAGCAGACUUCGUGUUUGAGAGUGUCACUGAUGACAUCCAGAAAGGCUGCAUCCUUGUGAAACAUCUGGAAGAGGUUUUCCAGCACGAGGAACAGUUCAUCUGUAUUUGGGAGACAAAGCACCAGCAACUGCCACGUGAAACAAAGGAAGUACUCCUGAGAAGCCUGAAAGAACUGCUGCAGAUGAGGCAAGAGGAGGUCACACUGCUCAGGAAAGAUCAAAAAGCAGUAGGAACCUUCCUGAGCAUGUGCAGGAAGGUGCAGGCAUCUGUGAAAGUGGAUGUAGGUGAAGUGGAAUCUCAACACUCGGAAGAUCUUCGCUUAAAAAGGCUAAAUAAAGUGGUGAACGUGGGAAAGAGACCCCUGCAGACCUACUACAGCUUGGGGCCAGAGCUGAAGGAAUUUGUCCAGAAAAUGCACUCUUUUAAGGACAGCCUGAUCUUCCAGCAGUUCUGGGAGGAAGCAGCACAGGAGGCAGGAGACCAGUAUGAGUAUGAAUGGCCAGAAGAAGAGGAGGAGGAGGAGGAGGAGGAUGCUGUGCCUGAAUUGAACCUUGAUGAUGUUUUGACCAGCGUGAUCCGCCCUUGCUUUACCAGCUAUGAAAUGCUGUAUAAUGAUCUCAGAUCAGGAAGUCUCACACUUUCUGCAGUUGAUAAAAUUUUUCAGGAAUUCACAAAUCAUCCUGAAGAUCUCAGAACAGAGCUAAACACCAUCUGUGAGCUUCGACCUGGAGAAAGCAGGUCCUGGAUCGACCAGCGAGUUCGGCAGAUCCAGCAGUACCAUGAAAUGCAUCUGACUUUUGAUGCUGCAAAGAUCAUUGCCAAUGUCAAAGAGAACUUAAACCUCUCUGGUGACUUCAGUAUCCUGGAACACUUGCUGGAUAUAACAGAAAAGCUUGAGUCCUCCAAGACCCAGAAGCUGGAUUCCAUCAGCCCUGAGCUUGUGCAGGCCAAGACGUGGCUGCAGGGGAUCACUGCGACCCGCCGAGGCUGCCUGAGGGAGCUGGCCCAGCAGAAGGACUUUGUCUGCUGGGUCAGGGAAGCACUGAGAGAUAUAAAUGAGCUGAAGGUGUUCGUGGACUUGGCUUCCAUCUCUGCUGGGGAGAAUGACAUGGAUGUGGACCGUGUGGCCUGUUUCCAUGACACUGUACAUGGCUACUCCUCCCUGCUCUAUGAGCUUAGGCAAGAGUCAGGGUUUGAGGACUUCAUGCGCUGCUUGGAGAAGCUGUGGAGAGCCCUGGACAGUGAUGAGAAUCUCCCCAAGAAACUUCGUGCCUCAGCCCAGCACCUGGAGUGGCUGAAGACAGUGAAGGAGAGCCAUGGCUCUGUGGAGCUGUCCUCACUCUCCCUGGCAGCUGCCAUCAACAGCAGAGGAGUCUAUGUCCUGAGAGCACCAGCUGAUGGCCAGAAGGUCUCCUUGGACACUGUCCUGUGCUUCACCCUCCCGGGGAGCUCAGGGGAGGACGAGGCCUCACGGAAAUACUCCCUGGCAGAGCUCCGUGAGCUGCAGAACAAACUGAUGCUCAUGUCAGCAAAGGGAGAGCAAGGCCUGGAGGUGGAGAGGUUCUCUGAGGUCUUUUCCAACGUCCAGAGACUUGCACAGGCCUUUAUAGACCUUUAUUCAGCUGGGAACAUGCUUUUCCGCUCCUGGCUUGCCCAUGUGUACUGUUCACCCAGAAGAGAAUCCUGUGUUCUUAUUGACUUCUCCCUGGGCCCCAUCCCGGUGCUGGAGGGGCAGGGGGAUAUGGCAGCUGUGCUCCCAGGCCUCUGCAAGACCAUGGAGAGCUUCCUGGAGAGCUGGAAGAGCUUCAUGUACGAGAAACGGUUCCAGCACUUCUACCUGAACUACUACACUGCGGAGCAGCUGGUGUACCUGUGCACGGAGCUGGGGCAGGGCACGCCCAGCCAGGCUGCCCUGACCAUGCUUUCCUUCCUGAACCGCGACUGCACCGAGUGGGACGCGCUGGCAGCCGGGAGGGAGCUGCCUCCCAGCUCAGGGAAGACUAUUUCUGAUUUGCAAGUGCUGCUGGGCGGGGAGAAGGACCUGACUGCCCAGCUGAAGUGCAUCUGGGAGUGCUACAUGAGCAACAUGGGCUCCUUCCUCCCCAGCUGCCUGGACAUCGACUCGCUGGGAGUGUGGCUGGGGGACCUGGCCCGCCGUGGCAGGGACUGUGUCACCCGGGAGUUCCCUCAGGACCUGCUGUGUGUGGGCCAGCCCAACCUCAUCACCUGCCCUCGCUCCGAGGUGCUCAGCUCUGCACUGGCCAUCUACAUGAACAGCCCCGAGCAGCCCCUGCCCACCUUUGACGAGGUUCUCCUGUGCACCCCUCAGACCACCGCUGAGCAGGUGGGGCUGUUCCUCAGGAGGUGCCUCAUUCCCUGCAGCAGAGGGGAGAAGAUUUACACCAUGCUGUACGCGGAUGAGCUGAGCUACGAUGUCAGCUGCAGAGCAGAGGAGCUGUUCCAGGACCUGCAGCGCUACAACAGCUCCUACCGCCUGGUCAUCCUGUGCGACUGCGAGCGGGAGCACAGCUACAUCCCCUCUGCCUUCAGCCAGUACAAAGUGCACAUGAUACCCCAGAGGCCACGGGCUGAAAUCCAGCAGUACCUGCAGCACCACUACCGAGUGCCUCGGCCCUCGAGCUCGGCUGCUUCUGUGUUCAAGGGCAACAUGUGUGUUGGGAUUGUGUCCUCCAGAAGAGCUGGUGUGGGGAAAUCUCUCUAUGUGAAGAGGCUACAUGAGAGGCUGCAAGAAGAGCAGCCUGACUGUACAGAACUUCUGGAAACCAUCAGACUAAUUGAACCAGAAGUGGAUGAAGAUAAAGUGCUAAAAUCUCUCCUGCCUUUUCUGAAGAAAGAACACCAGACAAAGCCCAUGAUAUUCCAUUUUGAUAUCACCUCCUCAGUGCAACGUGGAAUUCCAGAGUUUCUCUUCAAGCUAUUGGUUUUGCAGUACCUGACAGAUAAUAAUGGCAACAUGUGGCUGCGACAGAAGUGUCAUCUGUAUGUCAUUGAAAUCCUUGAGGUGUCCCCAGUGCCAAAGAAAGCAGCCACACCUGUGUCAGCAAGCCAGAAGUAUAAUUUCUUAGAUGUGUUCCCUAAAGUAACGUGUAAGUCUCCCAAAGAAGUACUAGAAAUGGAGACACUUGGAAAACAGUCUGGGGAUUUUUCGGACCCGGGAAUGGACGAGGAGGAAUUUCGCAGCGAGGCUUUCCAGAGACCUUUCCAGUAUCUGAAGAGGUUUGAUCAGGGGUGUGACCUGGACGUCUUCUGGUACGAAGCCCACUCGGUGGAGGGGAGCCCGGCGGAAUGUCUGCAGCUGUUCCUGCUGCACUGCGGGGUCGUGGAUCCCUCCUGGGCAGAGCUCCGCAACUUCGCCUGGUUCCUCAACAUUCAGCUGAGAGACUGUGAAGCUUCUGUCUUCUGCAACCCUGACUUUGUCCAGGACACUUUGAAAGGUUUCAAAAACUUUGUCGUUACCUUCAUGAUUUUAAUGGCGAGGGAUUUUGCGACGCCCUCCCUGAACAUUUCCGAUCAGAGCUCAGGAAGACAGUCCUCCCACCUGGAGAACGUGGCGGAGGAAGAUCUUCUUCCGUUCCGCAUUCGGAAGAGGUGGGAGUCGGAGCCUCACCCCUACUUGUUUUUCAAUGAAGAUCGUGUGUCCAUGACGUUCAUCGGGUUCCACUUCCAGCCGAACGGCCCUGGGGGUGUUGAUGCCAUCAACCCUCUGACCGGCAGCGUCAUCAAGCGGAACAUCAUGACUGCACAGCUGUACCAGGGCUUGUUACUGCAGAGGGUUCCCUUCAACGUGCCGUUCGAUCGGCUGCCUCGGCACGAGAAGCUCGAGAGGCUCUGCAUGGUGUUGGGGCUCUCCUGGGUGGCAGACCCCGAUGAGACGUACGAGCUCACCACGGACAACGUGCUGAAGAUCUUGGCCAUUGAGAUGCGAUUCCGAUGCAACAUCCCGGUUGUCAUCAUGGGAGAGACGGGCUGUGGGAAAACCAGACUGGUGAAGUUCCUGUGCCAGUUACGCAGAAGCUUUGUAGAGGUGGAGAACAUGAAGCUUGUCAAAGUCCACGGAGGUACCACUGCAGAGAUGAUCUAUGCCAGGAUCAGAGAAGCAGAAGCCCUGGCUAAAGCCAACAAGGAGCAGCACGGGUUGGACACUGUCCUGUUCUUUGAUGAGGCCAACACGACAGAGGCCGUGAGCAGCAUCAAGGAGGUUCUGUGUGACCGCACGGUGCAGGGGAAGCCUUUGGCCUCCGGCUCUGGCUUGCGGAUCAUCGCAGCCUGCAACCCGUAUCGAAAGCACACGCCCAAGAUGAUCCAGCGCCUGGAAUUAGCUGGGCUGGGCUACCGUGUCAAAGCAGAUGAGACCAAGGAUAAGCUCGGGUCUGUCCCUCUGAGGCAGCUCGUGUACCGGGUCCACGCGCUCCCGCCCAGCAUGAUCCCGUUAGUGUGGGAUUUCGGGCAGCUGAACAACCUGACGGAGAAGAUGUACAUCCAGCAGAUCGUGCAGCGGGUCGCGGAGCAGGUCCCCAUGGAGCAGGGUGAUGUGGAGGCAGUCACAGAGGUGCUCUUUGCCUCCCAGAAGUACAUGAGGCAGAGGGACGACGAGUGCAGCUUCGUCAGCCUGCGGGACGUGGAGCGCUGCAUGGAAGUUUUCAAGUGGUUUUACAAGCGCAGUGAGCUGCUGCUGAGGGAGCUGGAGAAGUACCUGGCUGAGAAGAAAGCACCAAAGGGCAAUGUUGAGAGAAACAACACUAUCUGGUCCUUGGUGCUGGCAGUUGGGGUCUGCUAUCACGCCUCCUUGGAAAGGAAGGAGGCCUACAGGAGUGCUAUCAGCCAGGUCCUUCCAAAGCCUUAUGACACCCAGAAAAAGAUUUUGGAAGAAAUCUCCCUGAUGCAGGACUUAUUCCUGAGUGGUGUGCAACUCCGGGAUACCAUAGCAAGAAACUUGGCCUUGAAGGAAAAUGUCUUUAUGAUGGUCAUCUGUAUUGAGCUAAAAAUCCCUCUUUUUCUCGUUGGGAAACCUGGGAGUUCCAAAUCCCUUGCAAAAACCAUUGUGGCUGACGCUAUGCAGGGCCAAGCAGCUCACUCAGAUUUGUUCAAGGACCUGAAGCAGAUCCAUCUCGUGUCUUUUCAGUGCAGCCCCCUCUCCACUCCGGAGGGAAUCAUAGGCACUUUCAAGCACUGUGCUCGAUUCCAGGAAGGGAAGAACUUGGACGAAUAUGUCUCCGUGGUGGUUUUGGAUGAGAUUGGGCUGGCAGAAGACUCUCCCAAAAUGCCCUUGAAGACUUUGCACCCACUUUUGGAAGAUGGCUGCAUAGAUGAUGUCCCUCUUCCUCACAAGAAGGUUGGCUUCAUUGGGAUUUCCAACUGGGCCCUGGACCCUGCCAAGAUGAACCGAGGCAUCUUUGUGUCUCGUGGGGACCCCAGCAGAGAGGAGCUCAUCGAGAGCGCGAAGGGGAUUUGCUGCUCAUCACGAGGGGCUUUGCAGAAGGUCGAGCCCUAUUUCCAUCCCUUUGCAGACGCAUAUGAAAAUAUUUGCAAGGCCCAAGACAGGGAGUUCUUUGGUCUCCGUGACUACUACAGCCUCAUAAAGAUGUUUUUCGCCUUAGCCAAGAACUCCAAGAGCGAGCCGACACCUCAGGACAUCGCCGAAGUGGUUCUUCGUAACUUUGGUGGCAAAGAUGAUGUCAAUGCCCUGGAAAUAUUCACCUCAAAGUUACCAGAGAAAGGAGUGAUACACGCUCAUGACAUCAGUAGGAUUGAGCUGGUCCGACAGAACAUUUGCAGCAGUGCUGAGGAUGGGGAUUGCAGGUACCUGCUUGUGUUGACUGAGAACUACGCGGCACUGCAGAUCCUCCAGCAAGCCUUCUUCACUGCCCGGCAGCAGCCAGAAAUUAUCUUUGGCUCCAGUUUCCCUAAAGACCAAGAAUAUACCCAGAUAUGCAGGAACAUCAACCGUGUGAAGGUCUGCAUGGAAACCGGCCAAAUGGUUGUGCUCCUCAACUUGCAAAACCUCUAUGAGAGCCUCUACGAUGCCCUCAACCAGUACUACGUGUACCUUGCUGGCCAGAAGUACGUGGAUUUGGGGCUGGGCACCCACCGGGUGAAGUGCCGCGUGCACCCCAAGUUCCGCUUGAUCGUCAUCGAGGAGAAGGACGUGGUGUACAAGCACUUCCCCAUUCCACUGAUCAACCGGCUGGAGAAGCACUACCUGGAUAUCAGCACCGUCCUGGACAAGGGGCAAAGAGAAACCGUGAGGGAGCUGCAGAAGUGGGUGCAGGAGUUCGCCGCGGUCAGUACGGAGGAGCACUUCCUGAGCCGGCAGCGGUACCGCCCGGCCGACGUGUUCGUGGGCUACCAGCCCAGCACCUGCGCCUCGGUGGUGCUGCAGACCACGGAGAGGCUGCGGGCACAGUGUCCCCCUGGGGAGCUCCAGGCCCGGGUGAAGAGGGAGGCCCAGCUGGCCCUGCUGAACUGUGCCACCCCCGACGCCGUCAUCCGCCUCUGCAGCUCCGGGGGGAUGUUCAUGGCAGAUUCCCUGGCCAAAACCUACUUCAGGCAGCAGCAGCACACGUCCUUUGCAGACUUUCUCCGUGCUCAUGUCCACCAGGGGUCUGGGUCCCAAACAGCCUUCACAGAGGUCACCACCUUCUCCCGGCUGCUCACCAGCACCGACGCUGCCUGCCUGGAGAGGGAGGUGCAGGGGAGAGCCCAAAGGCCCCAGAUCCUGUUCCUGCAGCAGUUUGACACGGAGUACUCCUUCCUGAGGAGCAUCAGGGAUUUCCUGGAUGCCACUUCAGGAAAUAAAGUCCUUAUUAUUCAGACAGACUUUGAAGAUGGCUCUCAAGAUGCCCAGCUCGUCGCCUCUGCCAAAUACACCGUGGUCAAUGAGAUCAACAAGGGGGACCUGGGAGACGUCUCUGUCUUUGUUUACUUUAUCAUGAAGCUUUCCCGGCUGGAAGGAGGAACGUCCUACGUGGGAUUCCAUGGAGGCCUGUGGCAGUCAGUGCACAUCGACGACCUGCGCAGGUCCAAGGACAUGGUCUCGGACAUGACGGCCCUGCAGAACCUCACCAUCAGCCAGGUGUUCUCUGAGGGCUCGGGCAAAACCAAAGUUGCAACUCUGCCUGUGAAUGGAGAAGCACAGGAGGAAGAGAUGGAGGUUGAAAUGCCAGUGUCAGAAGCAGAGCACUAUGAGGGUGAGGUCCUGGACACCACUGUGCUGCUGAGGACCUGUGUGCAGAGUGCUGUGGGGAUGCUGCGGGACCAGAACGAGGACCUGAGUCGGAGCAGGAAGCGCAUUAAGAUUCUCCUCGGCCUCCUCUCCAAGGAGGAUGACUUGAAGGCCUCUUUCCUGAAGAUUACAAAGGCUCGUCUCUCCAGCCUUUUGAAGAAGCAAGAAGAAAUUUCCCUUCACCCAAAAAACUGGGUGCUUCGGGAGGCUUCCAACCUCAGUGCUCUCCAGGAGGGAGGUACCUUCAGGCACACCCUGUGGAAGCGAGUCCAGAAGGUGAUCACUCCAUUCCUGGCUCUCCUGAUUUCUGUCAUAGACAGGGAUGGCAACCUGGAGCUGUUGGCCAGGCCAGCAGCAAAGUGGGUGACAAACCUGUGGAUGUUCAUCUUCAGUGAUACCAAACUCCUGACUGUGCCCUCGGGGGUGGGGAAGAACAGCUCUCAGCCAGAGAUAAUUCUGGUGCAGAACAACAUGGUGGUGUCUGCUGAUGCUGGGAAUGAGAUGCCCUUCAGCUGGAGGAUAAAGGAGUACCUGGAUGAGAUGUGGUUGGAAGCUCAAUACAUCCAAACCACUGAAGACCAUACUGAGAAGUUUGUGGAUAUCUUCCAGAAAACUGCCCUGGGAAAAUUUAUCUCUGCUCUGCCUGAGGAAGACAGGCAGAUGCUCUUCCAGUGCUACAUCACAGACUUUAUUUCCUUGACCAUCAAUGUCUCCUCCCAAGUGGAGCUGCAGUGCCUGCGCUCCGCGUUCGUGUCCUGCGUGGCCGAGUGGGCAGCCGCGUCCCCCCGGGGAGAGGAGCCCGUGCCCACCCUGCCCUGGGUCCACCUGGCAUACAACCAGUUCAGGAGCCGCCUGCAGAACCUCUCCAGGAUCCUGGCUGUGAACCCCCGUGUGGUUGUCUACCUCAUCAACCAGGAAGGAUGUGGAGUUCCACGCUCAGAGAUGGUUUUGGAUGUGUUGGCUGCACUGGUGUGUGCUGAAGAGCUGGAGAACCAGGUGCUGACAUCCCCCCCAGAGGUCUGGCUACAGAGAGUGAGGAACCUCCAGAUGCCCGUUGAAUUUCUGUGUAAAGAGAAGGAUGCACAGCAGGGUGGGAGUCGGUGCCAUCAGCUGCUGAGGGAACUCAGAGUCUGCUGGAACCGGGUGUUUGCCAUGGCUCUGUUUGUGGAACACGUGCUGUUUGGCAUCAACACUGUGAUGCCAGAAUUCGAGAUUUUAGUGAAAAAAUACACUCUGCGUCUUGCCAAGUGUUUCCAGCACGGUUCAGACAUGAAGACUCAUCCAACUUUUCUUGCAGUGAUGACAGUGCUGUGGGAGUGUAAGGACGAGGUCAGCAGCAGGCUCUACAGGUAUGGUCUGAAGCCAUGUCCCAUCUGCCUGGGAGAGCUGAAGGAUCCCAUCUGCCUGCCUUGCAACCAUGUGUUCUGCCACAAGUGCAUCAGCACGUGGCUGGUGCCAGCACAGAUGCACUGUCCAUGCUGCAGAGCCGCUGUGGGGGAUGUGGAGUUAACAGUCUCCAAGGAGAUCAGAGAUGCCAUAGCAAGGAAUGCCCUGUUCCGGCAGAGGUGCAACAAUUUCUUCAUAGAUGUUGUCACUACCAUGUGCUUCAAGGACAACGAACCCCCUGACACGAAGGUGAUCCAGAGACUCCUUGAUCUGCUGUUUGUUCACAGAAGCCUCCUGAAAGAUUCAGAUCACCCUGCUGUCUACACAAAAUUCCUGUCCCCGUUCAAUGAUGAGGUGGAUGAAACUCCCAUCAUCCGCUCAGUGAUGCUGAAGCUGCUCCUGAAGUACAGCUUCAAUGAAGUGAAAGAUGAUGUGCAGCACUACCUGUCCCAGGUGGAGCACAACGAGCUCCUAGAGAAAAAUGACAAAAAAGAGCUCUACUUACUUUUUGUCAACUGCAUAGAGGAUUCCCUGUGUGAAAAGUCUGAGGACAGCCUUGGAUAUGAGCAUAUAAACAAUCUGCUUGGAAGUGAAGGCUUUCCAGAGAACUAUCUCCCAGGGAGCAACCGAGAGACUCCUCAGGAAUCAUCCGUGGAAUACCUGCAGGCAGUGGCCAAGGUCCGCCUGUACCUCAGCAAGGCUGCAGAGCUCAUCUCUGACUUGCAGCAGCACACACAGCAAGACCAGGCAGAGGAGAAGCAGCGUUACCUGGCAAGUGUGAGGAGGUUCUGCAGCCUCACUGGGAAUGACUGGCAUCGUGUGUACCUGGUCCGCAGGGUUGCCAGUCAGUAUGGGAUGGAGUUUGCUCAGAAGCUUGUCACAGAGCCACGGUUCCAGUGGGUGUUCCCAGCGGAAAUCCUGCGACAGGUCCAGAGCAGCCAGGCCAACCCCAUCGACCGGUACCUGGCGUGUGGGGAGAGGUACCGGGCCCUGCGCGACGCCGUGGGACGGGCCAUGGUGGAGGGCACGGCUGAGGGGCUCCUCGAGGCCGAGAAGGCCUCCAGCAGCUCCCCAGCCGUGGAAUCAGUCCACCUGCUCCUGGCCAUUUUCCGGGAGGUCACUGCCCUGUACAGUGCCAGGGACCCGAGCCUUCAUCCCAAGCAGCAGCAAACAGCCACGAUGACUCAGUUCAUCCAGAACUCCCAAGUCCUGAAUUCUCCAGAGCUGCAGCACUUUGCAGCUGCCCUUGUGGGGAAUGCCCUGCCAGCCCUGAGCGUGGACCCCCAGAGCUCCAGCCAGCACAGGGCACUGGUUGAGGUGGCUGUUCACACCACUGCUGUGCUGCUGUGUGGGCACAGCCCCGUCCUGCAGCCCCUCAGGAACCUGGCCUUCCAGCCACACACCAUGGAGCACUCGUUCCUGCCCACAAUGCCAGAGGACAUCAUGGCUCAGGCGAGGGCCUGGGAGGGAGUGGCCGCUCUGCGCUGGUACACAUGUCCCAAUGGCCACCCCUGCACUGUGGGAGAGUGUGGCCGCCCCGUGGAGGUGGGCCGCUGUCUGGAAUGCCACCUCCCCAUCGGAGGGGUCCGUUACACACCCGUGCCGGGCUUCACGGAAUUCCGGAAUAAUGAAGACAGAACCCAAACUGGCCACAUUCUUGGAGAUGUUGAGCACAGAAGAACACUGGGAGUGUCUGACCGGGGCAUGUCCCCCGUUGUCUUUGUCCUGAUCCGCUCGCUCACGCACCUGUCGAUGCUGCUGGGAGCCACUAAAGACCCUCAGUCCUUGGGAAGGAUCAUCAAGCCGCGGGUGCGCGACGCCGUCAGCUUCCUGCAGGAGCACGUCCAGGAGGACUUGGAACAGCUGACAAAAAUUUUGGGGAAGAGUGUGGAUGAGACUAUCAACACCCUUCAUCUUGUGCUCAGCAGCCUCCUCCAGGACCCCCCUCAGCAGCCAGGCCAGUGGCCAGUGCGGUUUGAUCCUGUUCUCUCUACCAAGGAGAAGAGAAACAAAUGGGAAGAAAUUGUUGCAAACACAAUUAUUGUUCCUGAAUUGAAGGAUUUGGAUAAAAGUCUUCUGAAGUUAAACAAACAGAUACAAGAGGAUGAGAGAAUUUCUUCCAAUCCCAUAGUGAAAAUAGUGUAUGGUGACCCAGCUGCAUUCCUGUCCCAGCUGCCAAAGAACAGCCACAUACAUCACUCCAAGAUGUGGAGCUGCAGGAAGAGGAUUUCAGUGGAGAACCUGGGCCAUGUUGUCCAGCAAAAGAAUGCCAAGGACACUGUCCCUCUCCUUUGGAAGUUCCUGCAGAAGGAAACUGAACUGAGGCUGGUGAAAUUCCUGCCAGAGAUUCUGGCUCUGCAGAGGGACUUGGUGAGGCAAUUCCAGAACACUGCUGAGAUCAAACGCUGCUCCAUCAGGGAAUUCCUCAGAGAACCCCUCUCAGAUGUGAUGAGGGACCUGUUACAGAGGAGAGUGAAUGUGUUUCUGUCUGUCUGGAACAAGCUGAGAAGCUCUCUGGACACCAAUGGAGAAAUUAAGCUCCCUAAAGGCUACUGUGAUGCUGACCUGACCUUGGACAGCAAGCUCGAGGUCCUUCUGCCCCGGCGGCAGGGGCUGGGCCUCUGCUCCACCGCCCUAGCCAGUUACCUCAUCGGUCUGCACAACGACUUCAUCCACUCAGUGAACAAACACAUCAAGGAAGAUGACAGGUACGUGAUCAGCCCGUCGGAAGUGGCUGACCUGCAUCUCAUCAGUUACGAGGUGGAGAGAGACCUGAUUCCUCUGAUCCUGUCCAACUGCCAGUACAGCAUGGAAAAGGGAGGGGAGACGUUGCAGGACUUUGAUCUGGAGAAGAUCCAGCAGCAAGUCAUCAGCAAGUUCCUGCAGGGGAAGCCGCUCAUCACGCUGACGGGAAUCCCUACCCUCGUGUGCAGACAUGACCGGAACUAUGAGCAGCUGUUUACUGAUGUCAGGAAUAAGCUGGAGCAGAGUGCUCUGCCCAGUUCUGCGAUGAACAUGAUCAGUGGGGAGCUGCAGUCCUACAGUGAUGUCUGUGAUGCUCUGUCCCUCACUGAAAUCACCCUGGGCUUCCUGGCCAUGGCUGGGGAGAAUGCUGAGAUGCCACUGACUGACUACAUUGAACAAGUUCUGCAGAUGGGGGACCAGACAAACCCUCAUGUUCUGCAGGCCCUCAGACGAUGCCACCUCAAACACAGCAUAGCCCUGUGGCAGCUCCUCUCCACCCGCAAAUCCGAGCAGCUGCUGCGCCUCAGAAGGGAUCCGUUUGCAGAUGUCAGUCGAGACUACAAAGCUGAGCUCAGUCCAGAGAUUGCCAAGCUCCUCCACACCUUCCUCGUCCACUCGAGGCUGGAAACCUUCCUGCAGGAGCUCCAUGAAAUGAUUGUGUUGAAGCUGAGACGUGCCCAAGCUGUGGAUGAGUUCAGACCCAAGUGGAGCCUGAAGGAAUCGCUCCUGCCUUACCUUGAUGCCAAAGACUCUGAAUUAGCUACAGAGCUGCAAGAGACAUUCCCAGAUGAGAUUCUUCUCUCUCAUGCAAUUGCUACCUGGAAAGCAGCUGCUCUUUUCAAACGAGAGCGCAGGGAAAGUUAGGAACAGGCCACUGCCAGGAAUGUUGGUGCCACAACACCCAGGGGUGGCCAUUCGGGAAUGGUGGGGGGUUUGUUUUGGGUUUGUUGAUUUGCUUUCUGGGUUUGGGGUUGUUGUUUUUUACUAACUUCAGUAGCAAACACGUGAUGUGGAGCUGCUUCUGUGCAGCAGGAGGAUGAAACAGAACCAGCAGCUGCAUGUGAAUCGUGGACAACCACAACCCCAGACCCACCUGAGGAAGAUGAAGUAUUUUUUUUUUACAAACCACUGUGCCCUGGUGCUGGGAAAAGGGAUUUAUUUUUUCAGUCUGCAUUUCUCCCGACGCUGGGUUGUCAGCAGGAUGCAGAACCAGCUCCUUCUCCCAGCUCCCCCUUCCUGCCCAGGUACCUGCUGCUACCCCCUCCUCACUCUGCGCCACAGCGGGGCUGGACUGUGAAGGAGAAAUGGAACCAUGAAGGAAGUGGCUGCUUCACUGCCUUAACCCGGCAGCCCCCGCCUGCCGCCGCCUUGUCCCGGGGCCGGGCCCCGCUGCCCCUGCCCCAA